GGAAUCAAUCACCACGCGCAGAGACACAUGAAAAGUGGUGCCGUUAAAGUCGUCCCCUUGUGAUCCACAUGAUGAUGUACAAGUAAUUUGAUAUUGAUAGCAAUAGCAAAUCCCAACCCAGUCAAGACGAGUUGUUGGCCGUGCAGUGGCAAAUCUCGUCUCGAGACUUUCUGCGCACUGGGCUUUCUCAUGUUUCCAGCAAAAUGUCUUAUCUGGGAAUGAGUCAAGGUGAACUUUGUUGUGGUGACUUUGUGAAACGGUGAAUUAGGCAGCCUUGCGAACAAGGUGGUCCAGUGAAAAAGAACCACAUUUGUGAAAAUGUUUCGGUCGGACACCCACAUUACACUGACUCAACCCGGACCUGAACCUCCUAAAGGGGCGUCAUGUAUGACCAGAACUCAGUUGUUGGCCUCGUUGGCAGUGUCCUUGGGAUCCAUGAUUGUUGGAUACUCAUCUGCUUGGUCUUCACCCGCCAUUGCUUCGUUAAUGGAACCCGGAAGUGGAAUCCAAGUCACACAAAAUGAAGCAUCUUGGAUCGGUAGUCUAAUGCCUUUGGCCGCCUUGGCCGGCGGAUUCACCGGGGGCCCACUUCUGGAAUCAUUUGGUCGGAAAAAGACCAUCAUGGCCACUGCGUUGCCUUUCAUUGGAGCCAGUCUCUUAGUCAGCUACGCCAAUGGCGUAGAGAUGAUCUAUGCCGGACGUGCCAUUACCGGCUUCUGCAUUGGCAUGAUAUCCCUAUCCCUUCCCGUGUAUCUGGCUGAGGCCAUCCACCCUGAGGUCCGUGGAACCUUGGGACUGCUCCCCACAUCUUUGGGUAAUGGAGGGGUUAUGCUCUGCUACGUGUGUGGUUUCUUUCUGAAUUGGUCCCAACUCUCUCUGGUGGGAGCUAUCAUCCCCUUGCCAUUCUUGCUACUGAUGUGCAUGAUCCCAGAAACGCCUCGGUACCUCUUGAAUAAGGGCAAGGACCGCGAAUGUCAAGCAGCAUUACAAUGGCUUCGCGGGGAUAAACAGGACAUUGCUCGAGAGCUUCACGACAUGGAACGAACCAAUAUUCUGAUGAAGAAGACCAAAUUAAGGGCCAGCGAGCUAUUCCAGCCUUGCCAUGUGAAGCCGUUAAUGAUCAGUAUUGGACUGAUGUUUUUCCAGCAAUUCAGUGGGAUCAACGCGGUCAUGUUCUAUUCCGUGUCCAUCUUCGAGUUGGCAGGAUCCUCAAUCAACUCCAAUCUGGCCACCAUCAUUCUCGGAGUUGUCAACAUUGGGGCCACGAUUUUUUCCAACGCCUUCAUCGAUAAGCUGGGACGGAAAAUCUUAUUAUACAUUUCUGACGUUGGCAUGAUCAUUAGCUUGGUUGUUUUUGGUGGAUACUUCUACUUGAAAGAGGUGGCUCACACGGAGGCACCCGGUUGGAUUCCCCUUCUGGCCUUAAUGGUCUAUGUGGUGUCCUUUUCCGUGGGUUUUGGUCCCAUUCCUUGGUUGAUGAUGGGUGAGAUCUUCCCGAGUCGCAUUCGAGGGGCAGCCGCCUCCUUGUCCACAGCCUUUAAUUGGGCCUGCACCUUCAUUGUUACCAAAACAUUCAUGGACCUUCAGGGUAUUUUUGGUCCUCAUGGUGUAUUCUGGAUGUUUGCCGUGAUCCUGGUGUUUUGCCUGGCCUUCAUCAUAUUCUUCGUACCGGAGACUCGCGGGCAAACACUUGAAGAUAUCGAGCGACUCUAUACCGGACAAGUUAUGGAUUCGCACUUGGCCUCAUCAGGGAGCAGAAGAAUCUCCAGCUUGGCCAAUCUCAAGCCAACUCCUUCCAUUAUUCUUUAAUCAUGUGAUAACAGACGAAAGCUGCUUCUUGUUGCUAAUUGGCCAGGUCGCCUUUUUCGCCUCCGCAGAGGAAGAAAAACUGUCUAAUAAACUCAAACCUUAUGUA